GUGUUUAAAGCUCCACGGAUCAAAGUCUGUAUCGUCAAGUCGAGCAGAGGUGCCAAGACAAUGACGAUGGGGCACAUUGUGACGGCGAGUCGCCCAGUGAUACAGCAUUAAUGCGCUCAUAGAAGAUAGCUUUGUUUGGGUACAUGGUGUUGCCCCUGCAUUCAAGCUAGUGACUCGGAGUAAGCUCAGGCAAAAAUAUGAAGAAAAGGGUGAACUGUAUCGAAGGGGAAGUUGUAGGUACGAAUGAAAGUGACAGGGUGCUGAUAGCGGGAAGCUUGCAGGGGACUUUGGCGUGCCAGCCAAACGAAAUGAGCUGGAAAUUGGGAGGUAGGAAACGCUGCGAAAGGGAAGAGGCAAUGGAACACAAAUGUGCUUUCACAUAUUCGCUUGUAUUACAUUGCAUACCUUGCCUAGCCCCGCUUGCGAAGUGCAAAGGCCUGCAUGACCAUGCAGUAUGUAAGAAAAAUUCUCUGAAACUCCGAUCUUCCAGCCUCUAGCCUUUUUCCCCAUUAUUAUUUCGAUCGCGUCAUAUUCCAUUGCA